AUGAAGCCGGCGCCGCUAAGCUUGAGGAUGAAGAUUUCGAUGACCAGCGAGCCACCUGAGGAUCUUGUGCUCAAGUACGAAGAAUAUGCACACAGAGACCCGAAAGGAGAGCGAAGAAUAGAUAUCGAUACGUUUGGUGUGUAUAUCGCUGGCCGUGUUUCAGGUGGUUUGCCAAAGCUGAGGAUGGAUGAUGUCAAACUCGUCUACAGCGAAAUGCUUGCAACUGGGAUUCUGAGAUCCGCCCUUGACGUUGAAGAAUCACAAGAAAUGAGUGAGAUUCUGUUCGUGAAAUAUACAAGAAGAAUGUCAAAUCCAUUUUUCGGCCCAAUUGAUAGUGGACUGCCGUCAUCACGAUUAAAAGCACGCUGGGAGUAUUUACGCUUGAUUCCAUCGGGUGACUACUGUCGAGAAGAAGACCAAGAAGUCUUGAGAGCGGGUAUCAUGUGCUUUGGACUGAUAAGAAAGCGUCGCAAAUUGGACUGUGCAGCCCGACAGUACCUCUCCGCGAAACCUGGCGAGUAG